ACAGUAGCAGGCUGUAUGCUGGUGUGCGUAGGAUUCUGUUUGGUAGGUCCGGCGCCGUUCAUUCCUAGUCCAACCAUUAUUUGGAUGACUAUUACCGGCUUGGUCAUUCACGGUUUGGGCAUGUCUGCACAGCUGGUUGCCAGCUUCACGGAUGCCAUGAGAACGUCAAUAGAAUACGGGUUCGCGAACAAUCUCGAGACAUACGGUCUCGUCAGCGGUCUCUGGACAAGCACCUUCGCUCUUGGAGCCUUCAUCGGGCCCAGCGUGGCUGGGAUUCUCAUGGACAAUAUAGGUUUCAGGAACGCCACCAUGUUCAUCGUGAUGCUUCACCUGCUAGUGGUAAGAUAUUUCUUUCAUCCGUUCACAUAACAAUCAAUUCAGUUGAAGACAGCCGCACCCUAAUUACUUCUAUCUGAGGUACAGAAUUGACCUUUUCCUUAUUAUUAGUAUUCAAUAUUCAGAGCAACCGUAGAAAUGAGACCAGUAACUUCCAAUAAAUUAUUAACAGUAAAACGAUUCACCGGUAGAGUGGCGAAAGGAAUCAUCAAGCAAGGUUUUUAUUUAGCACAACACAAUUCACUGCAACUAGCUCUGCCAUCUAUUAAUUUAAGGACAUCUAACUCAGCGCUAGGUAUCACUUUACCAGCAGCGAUAGAUCUCUAGCUCGAAUAAGAAUUGUUAAUAGCCUCAAAUGUAGACGUAACUUGUAUAUCGAAACUCUAAGUCACAUUCUAUGGCAAUGCAAAUUGUGCAAUAAUUAUUUAUUAUAAUCAGAAGUUGAUAAUAGUGCACUGCAAGGAUUGCAACGCCAAAUAAUUAAUAAUUAUCCCUGCGUUUCUUUGUUACAAAAGAAUGACUCUACAAAA